UGUCUGUAUCUGUCAUUUGUUUGGGAAGAAGACAGAGAGAUUCCCAAGUGGGCUUUUGUUCACUCAAAUUUGGUCUGACUCAGCCACCUGCCUUGAAGAAGAAGAUAACUUCUUUCACUGCAAGGACUUUAGGCUUCUGAUCUUCUGGCCUUCACGCAAUCUAGAUCUUCACCGUCAAUCUCACUCGGGUGAGAUUGUUUUUCGAAUUUAUGGCGUCGAUUUCGGAGAAAUCACUGCCUUUGUCACCUUCCUCAUCACUGUCAUCGAUGUCGGUCCACGAAUUUGAUCCGUUGCUAAAAGAUUUGGAUGAGAGGAAGCAGAGUUUUCGCCGGAAUGUGGUGUCGUUGGCAUCGGAGUUAAAGGAUGUCCGGAGCCGGUUAGCUUCUCAGGAGCGAUCAUUUGUUAAAGAAACCCUCACAAGACAGGAAGCAGAGACAAGGGCUAAAAUCUUGGAAGAGGAGAUUAGCGUAAUGCAGAAGAGAUUGCAUCAGCAGCUUGAGGCCUCAUCAUCUAUGGCCGAGAAGUACCUUACGGAAGUGGAUGGUCCGAGAUCGCAGCUUUCGGCCACUCAAGCAACUGCCGAUAUUAGUGCUGCAUCAGCUCAAUUGGCACAGCUUCAGUGUUUAGCGCUUUUGAAGGAAAUAGAUGAAAAGAACUGCUCGUUAAAAGAGCAAGAUGAUCGUGUAAUUAAACUAGGAGAGCAAUUAGAUAAUCUGCAGAAGGAUAUUAAGGCAAGAGAGUUUUCCCAGAAGCAACUGAAAGAUGAAGUUUUGAGAGUUGAGAAUGACAUUAUGCAAGCUGUUGCGAAAGCAGGGGUGAACAGGGAUUGCGAGCUGAGGAAAAUAUUAGAUGAGGUUUCUCCGAAGAAUAUUGAGAAGAUUAAUAAGCUUUUAGUUGUUAAGGAUGAAGAAAUAGCAAAACUGAAAGAUGAAAUCAGGGUAAUGUUAGCUCAUUGGAAGCUCAAAACUAAGGAGUUUGAAUCACAGUUGGAGAAACAACGGCGAGUUGAUCAGGAACUGAAAAAGAGGGUAUUGAAAUUAGAGUUUUGUCUCCAGGAAGCUCGUGCUCAAACACGAAAGCUUCAAAGGAUGGGUGAACGAAGAGACAAGGCUCUGAAAGAGCUCAGAGAUCAGUUACAACGGGGUGGCGGUGGAGCUGCAGCUGCUGAAAGACAAAAUUUUUGGGAAACCUCCGGUUUCAAAAUCAUGAUGUCUAUGUCCAUGUUAGUCUUGGUGGCAUUCGCGAAGAGAUAAAUAGUUGCAGUAUCAAGUCCUGCUGUUAUGUAAAAAGAACAUGAACGGAACUUUAGUUUUAGUCAUGGAAUUAGGAAUAGCUGCAUAGGCCACAGUUGUAGAGGUUAUCGUUAUGUAGCAUAGCAGAGAAUGCAAUUUUGUUGUUCGCGUUAAAACCACAUUACUUUAUGAAUAUCGAAUUUGAAUCUAUGUAUGGCAUUGUGGCUACCAUACCCGCCGAUGUUGUAUUGGAUUUGUUA